GUCAGGUUAUUUGGACGAUUUCAAGAAAAAACUUGGCACGAAGAAACGUGAGAAUUGAAUUUCCCCAUCGGAUCGGGUGGCGUUUUCCAAACAUCGAUAAGAUCCUGUGUGACUUUAAUCCCCCAGUGAUAGACCGAUAUGUCACAAUAUCCGUGAACCAAUAAAACUGUCCCCAGCUAGUGCAACGUGAUAUUUUGAUGUGGAGUUGUGUGUUCUGGAGGACAGCAUGUCAUGGCCUAUCUUAGCGCCGGUCACGGGUCUGGAAAGAGGAACUACUCACCGAACGUCGUCAAACAGGAAAGGUCGCUGCCCAAGCUCAGCAGCCAGGAAGAGGACGGGCACACCCCCCACUCCCAGUUCACUGGCGUAGCCCACUUUGAGCCUAUCCCGCAUGAUCACGACUUCUGUGAGAGGGUUGUGAUAAACGUGAGUGGUCUGCGUUUCGAGACGCAGCUACGCACGCUGAACCAGUUUCCUGACACGCUGCUGGGCGAUCCUGCACGUCGCAUCCGCUACUUCGACCCUCUGCGUAACGAGUACUUCUUCGACCGCAACCGGCCCUCCUUCGAUGCCAUCCUGUAUUACUACCAGAGCGGCGGCCGACUUAGACGCCCCGUCAAUGUACCCCUGGACGUUUUUUCCGAGGAGAUCAAGUUCUACGAGCUGGGCGAGCUGGCCAUCAAUAAAUUUAGAGAGGACGAAGGCUUCAUCAAAGAGGAGGAAAAACCACUACCAUCGCACGAGAUGCAGCGAAACGUGUGGCUGCUGUUCGAAUAUCCAGAAUCGUCACAGGCGGCCCGGGUCGUCGCCAUCAUCUCCGUCUGCGUCAUCCUGCUCUCAAUCGUCAUAUUCUGUCUGGAGACGCUGCCACAGUUCAAGCACUAUAAAGUUUUCAACACGACCACGAAUAGUACCAAGAUCGAGGAGGACGAGGUUCCCGAAAUCACCGACCCCUUCUUCCUCAUCGAGACUAUCUGCAUCGUCUGGUUCACCUUUGAACUCUCCGUGCGCUUCCUGGCUUGUCCCAACAAACUGCAUUUCUUCCGGGACCUCAUGAACUUUAUCGAUAUCAUCGCCAUCAUUCCGUAUUUCAUAACUCUGGCAACAGUAAUCGCAGAAGGGAAAGACACGUUGAAUCUGCCCCGUGCUCCGGUCGCGCCAACGGACAAGAGUACGAACCAGGCGAUGUCCCUGGCUAUUUUGAGGGUGAUAAGGCUUGUGCGCGUCUUCCGAAUAUUCAAGCUUAGCCGGCAUAGCAAAGGCUUGCAAAUUUUAGGCCGAACACUCAAAGCCAGUAUGCGUGAACUCGGCCUGCUCAUCUUCUUCCUAUUCAUAGGUGUCGUGCUGUUCUCGAGUGCCGUCUACUUCGCAGAGGCGGGCUCAGAGAAUUCCUUCUUCAAGUCCAUCCCAGACGCGUUCUGGUGGGCAGUGGUCACCAUGACGACCGUGGGCUACGGCGACAUGACGCCGGUCGGAGUCUGGGGCAAGAUCGUUGGUUCCCUGUGUGCGAUCGCUGGCGUGCUGACCAUCGCCCUUCCAGUGCCUGUGAUCGUCUCCAACUUCAAUUACUUCUAUCAUCGUGAGACGGAUCAGGAGGAGAUGCAGUCGCAGAACUUCAACCACGUGACCAGCUGCCCUUACCUGCCAGGCACCUUGGGCCAACACAUGAAGAAGAGUUCGCUAAGCGAGUCGUCCAGCGACCUGGUGGAGUUCGAGGAGGGGUUGCUGGUGACGAGAGAUCAGCUGAUUCGGAAGCAGAAUUGCAACCCGCGGCACAACAACAACAUCAACGCCAUGAGCAUCGAGACUGACGUUUGACUACGAGUGACGGAUGUGCUGCAUUUGCAUCCUCCAGACUGGUUGGCGAGAGGUCCUACCAAGGCUCAGCUAGAAGAGGAACCUUCGAGAAUAGCUCCUCUGCGGGAAAAUGAAAAACCAACAGUCUGUCCGAACCUACAGCAUCGCAUAAACAUUGAGUGCGUGUUGCGUGCAGUGCUCCGAACGCUCAAUAGACCCUUAAAACAAAUUCACACAUAUAUUUGUUCUCCUCGGUACUUUUGUAUUAUUAUUACCAUAACGAUUGUUUUUGGGUGAGAUAUCCUGCCAAAAAUACUUAAUAUUAUAUAAAUAUAACUUAGUAACUGAGGGUAUAUCACAGCUGAUUCACGAAACGUAUUUUUUAAGUACAUUUACGAAGAUGAUUUAUCGAAGAAUUAAAGUUUUUGUUACUAUUUCAAGAGAUAUAUUCGCUGGGGAACUCUAACCAUAUGUCGGCUCACAAUAUCAGCAAUUUGCUACAAGAAAUGGCACUAUACCAUAUUCCACUAAUAGCAUUCAGUCUCGCGAAAGACCUAGCCUUCUGAAGAAUGAAAUAAAAAUCAAUUAUCCAUUAGAAACAGUUUCAGAAAUUAACCUGGAACACAACAUUAAUGUCUGCAGAAGAAAUGAGCACUACUUCAAUACUUAUUUACUCCUCUAAUGAGAAUGUUCAUUUUAAUUAUUCAGAUCUCAGUUUCAUUAAGUAAUCCUCGGGAGAUUUAUCCUCAUAUUCCUUGCUGAAGCCUAUAUAUGGGAUCAGAGUUCAAGAAUGUGCUACUUUCUUCAAGAAAAUCAUAUAUAGUAUAUCCAACUGCUCAAUUACUGUAUUCUUAUGAAGACGAAAUUGAAAAAUCUUCCAAACCAGAGAAAUUCGGUCGUUUCAAGCCUCUCAUUCAAGGGUUGCUGUGCGAAAAGACCAAAAGUAGCACCUGAAGUGAAUAAAUCCAACAUUCUGAAUUCUUACGAUUUUUUAAAAAUCCCUUUCUUGAGUGGAACCGAGGCAUCAUGGAUUCGUUCAUACCUAAAGUAUUAGUUGUUCAAAUUUUAUGGGAGAAAUAUAGGAUAAAUUCAACUUUGAAGAUCAGUAGAAAGGUAUUCUUGUAAAGUAAAAUAGAAUACUAAACCGUUCGUUAAAAUUCUGUAGAUAAGGUAUCCAUUUUUUUGAUUAACCGAUGCACAUUUGGAUAUUCCAACAAUAUCUACGAAAUUAUCUGCCAAAGCAUUACAAGAAAUUAGAAGCCUGAAGCGAAAACAAUAUAUUCACCAGAAACAAUAAGAUAAGCAAGAAAUUUAAAAUAGUUGCUGAAAUUGUUAAUAUUAAGUAGAGCUUGAUAGAGCCAGAAUAGGACUUUUAAAAUGAUGCCUCGUUCAAAUUCAAACCACUUCUCUUGAAUAUGUGUAUAUUUAAAAUUUAAGUGGUAUAAAUUUAUAUAUUAUAUUAUAAUUAGGUACAUUGUAUAUAUGUAAAUUUUUAAAGAAUUUCAGUUCUUUAUUCAAUACUCCGUUUUAUAUCAUGUAAGAAUAUAAUAUAAAAACGUGAAAGUCAAAUGAAAAGAGAGAAAGGGUAAAAGAAAAAUUCAAUCAUCAGAAAAAUUUUAGCAUCGACAGAUAAAGCUAUAUUUUUUCAGAAUCCUCCAUUCCAUUGCAAUAUCGAAAUUUAAUGCUAAAAAUUUAUAUCAAAACUCUUCAGUUGUCAAUUAUUGUAAUCAUUUCUGAGGGAUGAAAUGAUAUUUUAGUUGUCUGCGAAAAAAAAUCGUUGAAUUCUUUUAUUUGCAUGACAUUAUGAAUGAAAAAAUUCAAAGCAGCUUUAAGACUGGACUAUUUUUCACAUAUCAUGUUGUAAAACAACCGCAAGCAAUAUAUUAUUUGGAAAAAAAAGACGAAAUUAUGUUUUUUAUUAUUAUAUUGAACUACGAGAAUACGACACCUAGAAAUGUGAACUUUAUUUAGUAACAGUCUUUUUCUUGUUCUUAUAAAGCUACACUGCCAUAAAGUUUUGAUCAUAUAACAACAAUAAAUUACAAAAAAAAAUCAUUACCUUUUACAAAAAAGCUCGGAAAAGAAAAAAAAUCUUUUCAA